UCGGGUUCCGUCCGACAGUAGUAAAAUGGCGUCGACGGUGUGUGUGUCAAGGUGCCGACUUUUAGCUAAAUUAGAAAUAAAUCGUGGUUUGUGUUUUUCGCCGAUAUUUAGGGAUUAUACAAGUAACAGGGAAUCAUGGUGUCGAAGGUGGCGACCGUCUCGUCGGCCGUUUUUCACGAGCGUCUGUUCACAUGGAUCAAAGUCUGCGCCCACAAAAGUCGAUCACGACCAAUCUGACGGUACGAAAAAAUUGAACACAAAGAAAUUAAAGCUAAAGAUUUCAACGCGAGAAGUGUCGGUGACGUACCGGCGCGGUCUGCCCGUGAUCACCGUCCCGCUGCCGUCCCGCCGCGAGAAAUGCCGGUUCACGCUGCGACCCGUCUCCCAGACCGUUGGCGAUCUAUUGGAACAGGUGAAGGCGGAGGACCGGGGCGUGGAGCGCGCGGUCGCGAUGGCGGCAGACGAGCGCGUGCGCAUCGCAGCCAGCGACACCAUUGAGUCGCUCCUCGAGAACGACUUCCGCCUGCUCAUCAACGACGUCGAGUACCACGUGAAGAGUCCGGCACAGGAGCGUCUCGGCGCAGAGGAGAUCACGCGUUUGAGUGACGUCAGGAACCUAGUGAACCAAUUGUACGAAGCGCUCAACGUGAGGGAACACCAGAUCAAGAAGGAGAGAGAGUUGAGGGCGCAGUUGGAGAAGCUGACUGCUGAACUGGAACCUUUAGAACAGAAGCGGCAAGCACUAGAAGUGGAGACGACGCGCAAGACGUCUGCCCUCACUUGGGUCGGUUUAAGCCUCAUGGGGGUCCAGUUCGGUGUCCUCGCGCGGCUCACGUGGUGGGAAUACUCGUGGGACAUUAUGGAGCCGGUCACGUACUUCGUCACGUACGGCACGGCGAUGGCCGCGUAUGCGUACUUCGUGCUGACCAAGCAGGAGUACAUACUACCGGACGUGAAGGACCGGCAGCAUUUACUGACACUCCACAAGAAGGCGAAAAAAGUCGGUCUCGAUAUCAACCAGUACAACCAUUUGAAAGACGAGGUGGACAAAGUGGCCAAAGACCUCGCCCGUCUUCGGGACCCGUUGAGCAUCCACCUGCCUACGUCCUACGUAAAAGCCGACAUCGACAAGCGGUCACCCCUCACCAAAAUUAAAGACAUGUUAGAGGAGACGAGUAAGAAAAUGAAAAUCACGUAAUAGGGUAACGUAGUUAUUGGCACUGGCAUAUUAAUGUGUCAGUAACUGAAGUUGGCAUAUAUGUCUGCAAUUUGGCAUAUAGAUGUGAGUAAGUUGGCAUAUACAAUUUAUACAUGUCAGUAAGUUGUCAUAUAGAUGUCAGUAAGUUGGCAUAUAAAUGUCAGAACUUUUGACGUUGACUGGGUACUUUACCCUACGCGCGUACCAAGUAUUUCUUAGGACGUUAUUAUAGGACGUUUUGAAUGUCUGAUGUAAUUAUGCUGAUUGUGCGCUUAAUGAAUACUUGAUGCUACUCAAAGUAAGAGGCUCUUAAGUCGCUAAUCUUUUUAUUCUGCCAAGAAAAGAGUGUAAGGUGAGGGCACUUAUUCUAAGUAGCGUUUCAAAGUGAGAGAAAUGUGUCAAAUUUUCUUUUUAGUAAUUUCAACAUUUUUUUUUCAAGAUUUCAAUAUCGUUCCUUAUUUAAUUUCUAAACUCUAUUGUAGUAACAUUAUUUAUUCCUUUGAUGUUCUGGUGUCUAGAGUAUGCUAUCUCUUGUACACACUAUUAUUUAAUUCGUGUGUGGUUGCGACAGCAUCUAAAGAUACUGUAAAUUGAAUUUCGCCUUCUUCAAUCUGGUCUAUUUGUUUUGUAAAAGUUCUAAGUCACGUACCAUACUUUCAAGACUUACUAAUUACUAUGUAUGGUAUUCCCAUACGUAAUAUAUAAUCAUGUAAAUACAUAAUAUAGUUAGUAAUGCACAAAUAUUUCUCUCAAGCAUUUUUGUGCUUAUUUUGCGAGUUUACCUGACUUAACCCAAGUAUAUUAAAAUUUAUAUUUGAUUCAAAUAUAAUUUAUGUUGACGACCUUUAAAUAUACAAGGACUAAUUGACAUUGCUUAUAAUAUGGUCUAAACCACAUAGCUAGUCACAAAAUUUAAUAUUUCAUAUUUUGUGACUCGUCACGUUUCGUGGCUUGGACUAUUAUUUUCUCUAAGCACAAGUUACGCUCAAAAUAAACUUAUAUUAUAAACAGACAUAAAAGUGACUUAUGGUUAAUAUCUUAUGAUUUUUAAAUAUUUAAAUGAUUUUAUUAUAACUAUGAUUAGUUAAAAUUUACUAAAGAGUUUGAGUUUUGGAGUGUAAAUUAACUUAGGUCUUAGGAAAAUUGUUUAUGUAAUCUAAUCACUAUUUAAGUAUCCAAUGUAGCUAGGUUCUGAAUUAUUAAUUUUUAUUUCAAAGGAACAGAAACUUUGAAUCUGUUCAAAAACCUACAUCGAAAUUGUUAUUUGUUUCGCCAUAAUUAUACGUGUACCAAUAAAAUGUGUCUCUAUUAAAAAUUAAAAGACAUUAGGACACAAAUAAAUGGCUAUUCUCAUAAACCCCAACUUCUUGUACACAACUGAACAUUAUAAAAAACUGGUAUAUUAAAAUAUGGAGUUAUUUUUCCGAUGACAACCAAUGACGGACAGAUACUGGGAGAAAAGGCUUGAACACGUUGUUUUUAUAUUAACUUUGAAUUUGUUACGUAUUAUAUUUCGCGCUGUUUUUAUAAAACGUUUGAAUUUGCUAUUAUAAUAUUAUAUUUUGUGUUGGAACGUUAAAGUUACCUUAUGCAUAAUGUAUAUUCUACUUUUUAUCUAUGUUACAAUCUUUACUAAGGUGAACAUAUAUUUUGGAUAUAAGAUACAGCACAAGUUUUUCUCAAUUUCUGCUUCCAAGUAAUUUUGGCCUAUAAAGGGGAAAGUGAGGUAGAGGGGACAUCUAAGUUGUAGUUCAUAAUUUAUUAUCUUAUUGAGAUAACUAACUUUAUUAUUAUCUAAACUUUAGGUAUCCUAUCUACUCUAUCCUUGUUGAUUCAACCUUAAUUCUUGACCAUAUAAAAUAUAUUAUAAGACAUUUUAUUAGUUUUAAGAGUAUGCUCAUAUUAUACAGUUUCCUAUUAUUUAAUUUAAGUGUACUUGAUUAGUCAAUCGUGUUAUUAUCUUUAUUGAAAUCUGUAUUAUAACUUGUAGUAAAAUAUUGUAUUAGAUUCUAAUCACACUGACGAAUCACUUAGAAAAAUAAUUAAUUUGAUAGUCAAUGCCGGCUAAAUAAUUUUAAUAAAUAUCAUAAGUUAUGUUCUGUAGCCAAAGAGUCCAGUAGACGCGACUGAAAAUCAUUUAUUUCUUACUAAAUAAUUUCAUUGGUUCCUCUUAAUAAAAACUAAAUCUAACGUCUUUUGAAAUAAGAAACUAAAGUUUAGUCUAUGAAAAAUAUUUUUUAGACUAGUACUAAUGCUUGCCUUUGGAAUUUUUGCCUUUGCUACAAUGAUUAUAAUUCAAUUUAUUUUUACGCUAUGCCAUUGUAAUUAUUAUUAUAUAAAGUAAAGAAAUAUAUUGCACAAAAUCAUAAGGUGCUUAGUGUAAUUGUUUGUAAAAAUAUUUAUUGUGUUAGGAGA